AAAGACAAAAUUAUAGAUUAUGAUAUCCAAAUCGGUUUCUCUCAGGAAUUUAAUAACGUCAUACGUUGUUUCCCCGGAAGCCCUGUUAAUGUUAAAUUGUGGCAUUUUGCCUACCUUUUCCUCUGGUUGCAGCAUUUCUCGCAGAGAAAUAUCACACGCUCACCUUUUUUUUCCAAAAUAACAAGCUACUGUUUGCACUGUAAGGCACGGUGGACGACUGGUUAGAGCGUCUGCCUCACAGUUCUAGGGACCGGGGUUCGAUCCCCGGCCCCGCCUGUGUGGAGUUUGCAUGUUCUCCCCGUGUCUACGUGGCGUUUCUCCGGGCACUCCGGUUUCCUCCCAAACCCCCAAAACACGCAUGCUAGGUUAAUUAGAAACUCUAAAUUGCCUGUAGUCAGAAUUGGUUGUUUGUUUGUAUGUGCCCUGCGAUUGGCUGGCGACCAGUUCGGGGUGUACCCCGCCUCCUGCCCGAUGAUGGCUGGGAUGGGCUCCAGCACGCCCGCGGCCCGCGGCCCGCGACCCGCGUGAGGAGAAGCGCUACAGAAAAUGGAUGGAUGUUUGCGCUGUUUCAAUGAAAGGAAACCAGUUUUCUCACCACAUCUUUGAUUGUGUCAUUGAUGCGUUCAGCUUUCAGUUCAAUGAAAUCAAUACAAGCCUACGGAACAGUCACAAGAUGAGAAAUGUGAUAGCACUGCUGGACAUCUGAGACCAGAAACUGAAUGUUUCAUGGGCUCACACGCUACCGCAACCGGGACCAGGAGACACAUCGCCAGAACCUGGACUAGGACACACAGGUAGCUCUCCUGCCAUUUCUCUUUUCUUCCCUUUCUUUCAUGUCAUCUCUUCUCUGCUCUCUUUUCUUGUCUCGUGUGCCAGCGUGCGUGUGUCAGGAUGUCGUUUGGCAGGCAGCGAUCCAUGUCGGCGUCGGGCGAGUCUCUCUACGCGCUCCUGGGCGCGGAACCGGGAUGCGGCCACGACGACAUCAAGAAGUCGUACAGGAAUCUGGCGCUGCGCUACCACCCGGACAAGAACCCGGACAACCCCGAGGCUGCGGAGAAGUUCAAGGAGGUGAACGCGGCCCAUGCCGUCCUGUCCGACCCGGGCAAGAGGAACAUCUACGACGCUUACGGCUCGCUGGGGCUGUACGUGGCGCAGCAGUUCGGAGAAGACAACGUCAGCGCCUACUUCGCGCUCACCACCUGCUGGGCCAAGGUAGGUCACGGCGGCCGACCGCAGGAAGUGAGGCCCGCAGGACGUGACCGCGUGCUGCUUGUUCAGGCUUUGUUGGCGCUGUGCGGGCUGCUGACGGGGUUUUACUGCUGCUGCUGCUUGUGUUGCUGCUGCGACUGCUGCUGCGGACGCCUCAAGGCCACGCUCCCCGCCGACGCGGAGGCGGAGACACCCUACGGCGACCUGCGGGAGGACGACCGGGAGGGGGAGGAGCUACGACACCUGCCCAAUGGGGAGACGGCAGAUGCGACCGCGCCGGUCGUUGAGCAGCCGACCGCCGCCAACGAGAAAACUCAACUCAUCUCGGACGGACGCCGCAGAUAUGGAGACGCCUACGCGUGAUGAUGUCAUCAACGCACGCCUGUCACCAACUCAGCUUCCUCUUCUUCUGUGGCUGUGUAGGGAAUCCCUCCCUAUCCACUAUAGCGACUUGGCCAUUUUCUAAUGACCACAUGAGGAUUUUUACAUCGUGGCCAA